AUGGAUGCUAGACGAAAGCACUGGAAAGACAAUAUGCUCACUCCCCUUGUUAAUGAGCAUGAUGUUCUAGAAGAGGCUGCUCCUCUUCAGUCUUACUCUGAAGAAACACCUGCAAACAAACCCAGGAGGAUGGGGAGAAUUUCUAACUUUUCCAGUAGAAACUUUCAUGAAGGAAGUAAAUUUAAGAGAAAAGACUAUUGUUCCCAGAUAGUGGAAAGAGAACACAACCCGAAUUUACGAGAGAGAAGGAUGAACACGCCAAAGAAUGUGGCAAACACAAAUGCUGCUGCCUGGGACUUGCGUGAUUGGGAUGGUGCAACCAAGGAAAGUUCUCACAAAAGGGAGAGUGCCUCCGCGUGGAAUAAGAAGGAACUGCGGGCUGCAGCACAUGGCACCAGGAAGAAAUGGACAGAACCAAUCCCUCCAAAAGUCCGCCUGCACCUCCUGAACGAGGAGCUGGGAGAUCUUAACCUGAAAUGCCGGGCGAUCGAAGAGGACUUUGAAAAUGCUGAAAAAGAACUUUUGAACUCUCGAAAGGAAGCCUCGACGAAAUCUGUCAAUUUUCAAGAACCAGGAACGGCUGCUUCAAAGAAUGACCGGGAAAUGCAAGCUUUAAGAAACGACCUGUCUGAAAAAGCUACAAACGUGAAAAACUUAACCGAAGAGCUCCAUCAAGCCAAAGAAGUCAUGUACAGGUUGAAUCUGGAGAACAGAAACUUGAAAGACGCUGUCAAAAAAAUGAAGCGUGAAACUGAACUCAGUACCGCGCUCCUGAGGGAAGAGAUGAAGUUGUUUUACGAGCUGGAAAUGGAAAAGAUCCGCUUAGAGCUGGGUGCCCUCAGGAAUGAGCUGAGAGCUGAGAAAUCCCAGCGAGCUAAGAACACCAGAGCCCUGGAGUUGCUUGGAAAACAUGUUGCUUCCCUGGUAAGGUCACCGCAUACAGCUGACCACUUUACUGGGAAUGUUUUUUAA